GUUAAGAAUUUCAAUUUUUCGCGGACUUUUACAUUGUAGUUAAUUGAAAUUUUCAUUGGAGCAUUAAAACCAGAGUUACUUUUUGAUAUUUUUUUUUUCAUUCUUUAUGUUAGUCCUUACGGUCUUACACUCUGUGUCGGUUGUCAGUGUAACUGCGCAAAAUCAGCCGCGUCAGCCGGGGUCGGCGCCCGCCUGGCAUCAUCUAGUUCAAAAAAUGACUAUCAGAGGGCUGUAAUGUUUAGCGUUUUUUUGUAGUGUCAGCCACCGUGUCACAAUUGUGAUUGUGUGGUGCUUAUAUCUUAUGUGUUGAAUAAAAAAAAAGUAAAUAAGUAAAAAAAACUUAAAAACGGUGUUUGCAUACGCCAAUACGUAUUAGUUCUUUUUUUGCCGUCCGUCAUCAUCGUUGUUUCUAUCCUGUACAGAUUAAUCGUGGUUGUAAUACCGCGUGUUAUAAGCCCUAACAGAAACCCACUGCAUUUGGGUACAGAAAAAAAAAAUAAAUAUUAAUAAUAAUAAAUAUGGACGUGAGUCUUGUGAGUUAUUUUCAGUAUGCGAUACCUGUAGGUAUCGUUUUAAUUUUUGCUGUACUCGUUUUUGCAUUUGGCUUUAAAAAUGCUGAGCAGCCACCAUUCGCUCAAUUAUCAGCAGUCUCGGACGUGGAUCGAAAACAAACCAACAAAAAAAGAAAUAAAAUAAAAGAAAAGCGUUCCACAAAUGAAAAGGCCAAUGAAAAAGCUAGUCCAGUCAAAAAAUCAUCACCAGCUAAAACUGAAUCAUCAAAAAAAUCAGUUGCUAAAAAUGAUGAGGUCGAAGGUAAGCUAAAGGAACGUAAACAAGAAGACAAUACAUCUGUUGUUGCUAAAAAAGAUAAAACUCAAGUGACCAACAAAUCUGGAAAGGAAAAUAAAGUUGAACAAGUUAAAAAUAAGAAAAAUAUGAAAAAUUUGAUUCUUGAGAAACCAGUCGAUUUUGAUGAUGGUGAUUGGGAGCAAGCUUAUUCGAGAAAAGAUAAGAAAAAGAAGAAAGAAGAAGAGUCUCCAAAGAAAAUAAAGAAAUCGAAGAAAAGUGAAUUAGUUAAUGAUGACAAGAAUAUUGAAUCUGAAAAAGUUGAAAUUAAGGACAAAGUUGCUAAAGAAACUGAAAAUAAAGAAUUGAAAGAAAAAGUUCAGAAGGAUGUUGUUUUAGAGCCAAUAGAUGAUAUUAUCGAAGCUGAAGAAAAGGAAGUCGAAUCUAUUGAAGAUAAAAAGGCUGAAAAAACCAAUGUAAUUGAAAAAGAAAAAGUAGAUAAGAAGAGUGCCAAAACAAAGAAAAGCAAGAAUUCUAAUGAUUCUGAAAACACUUCAAUACCAAAUGUAACUUCAGUUGAAACAAAGUCUGAAAAAAUAAUUGAAAAAAAGGUUGAAGAUGUUUUUCCAAAAAAGACUGAACAAGUGGAAACAUCUAAUAAAGUCGAACAAGUCUCUGAAAAGGGUGGAGCAGUUUUUGAUGAGCUAGGCGACACGUGGACCGAAGCAAAGCCACAAAAAAAAAGUAAAAAGAAAGCACGUAAAGAUAAUUGAAAUUCUCAUCAAUGAACAAUACAUGAUAAUCCGUUUUUACUGCGGAAUUUACGUCGUUUCCGCUCCACGAGGCGUGAAAUAAUUACAUAAAAUCGUCAUUCAAAGCGUGAGUUUCCUCUGUGAAUACACAUGAUAAAAAUGGGGUUGAACAUUCAACCAUUUAGAAUUUUUAAAAUACUUUACACUAUUCCUUAUGACCUAAUGUCAAUAAAUUAUCAUUACGUUAAUGAUUAUUGAUGCAAUAUUAACAAAAAAUAUAUAUUUAUUUAAAUUUUAAAUUUAACGUUAGCCAAAAUAAUUUCUGAAUUAAUUUUUAGUUACUAUUUUAAUUAAUUUUCAAUACAUCACUUGUUCAACUCUAUAGAGUAAGAUCAUUUAUUUUUUUAUGAUUAAGUAGAGUUACUUACAAUCUGAUAGAAUAAAAAAUAUAAUUAAAAAUUGUUAUUGGACGCUCAAAAUUAAUAUGUGAUUGCGAAAUAUCUUGGUUAGCUUAAUAAUUUAUAAUUAAUUGCAGCUCGUUACAUUUUUGAGUGAAAUAUUUUAUUUUAUUAGUAAUAUAACUGUUAGUGUAGAUAUAACGAUUUUUUUAGAGUUGCUUUUAUGAAAUCCUACUUAGUUCUAAUUAUAGUUUUGUUUAACCACAAACAGUCUCAUCAAAUUGUCUUGCAGUUUACUAUUUUCAAGUAAUAAAAAGUUAUCUUUAUUACUAUUAUUGAUUUAUAUAAUUGUAUCAGUUGUAACGCAUGUGUUUCAAAUGCCUAAAAAAAAUUUUUUUUUGACUACUUUCUUGUAAUAGGAGACAAAAAAUAUCUUUUUUGAGUUUAUUAGUAAGGCUUCGGCUGGUGACGUAAUUGACUCAAGUUAUUAAUCUAUACUUGUUUGAUAAUGACUAGAAUAUCUAAAAAUAGUAAAAAACUAAAAACUGUUGAUGAAGAAUAAUGAAAUAUAAAAAGACAUUAACUAAUAGAUUAUGAAGAUUAAUCAAUGUGAUAUUUUCUUUUCUGAUGAUUAUCAUUUAGGAACAUUUUGUGUUCAAAAAUUUUCUUUCAACACCUGACCCUAAGUCAUUUAAAAAAUUUGUUUUUUUGUCGAAAAUUAUCAACUACAUAAUUGGCGAGAAAUUGUAAAUUAUUUUUAUUUUUUUUUCUUUUUUU